GAUCCUCUUUUCCUUCCGAUUCCAUAGCUCUGCAUCGCCUAUAAAUAGCCCAGCCGGUCUCUGCGCCUGUCUUCGUCACCGCCCAUCUUUCUCUCAGCUAAGAAUCGAAGCUUUCGGUAGAAGAUCGACGGCUUCCUGUAAAACCCUAGUUUCAGAUCUCUGCCAAAAUCCUAAUCCCUGAUCUUCCAUGGCGUCUCCCAGAGAACGCAGCAACUUCGUCUACAUUGCUAAGCUCGCGGAGCAGGCCGAGCGCUACGACGAGAUGGUCGAUUCCAUGAAGAACGUUGCGAAGCUUGACGUCGAAUUGACCGUGGAGGAGCGAAACCUGUUAUCUGUUGGGUACAAGAACGUGAUUGGAGCGCGGCGUGCCUCCUGGCGGAUUCUCUCCUCGAUCGAGCAGAAGGAGGAGGGGAAGGGGAACGACCACCACGUGAAGCGGAUCAAGGAGUACCGGCAGAAGGUUGAAUCGGAGCUUACGAACAUUUGUAAUGAUAUCAUGACUGUAAUCGACGAGCAUCUGAUUCCUUCAUCAACGACGGGAGAAUCAACAGUGUUUUAUUACAAGAUGAAAGGCGAUUACUAUCGUUAUCUUGCAGAAUUUAAGACUGGAAUUGAAAAGAAAGAGGCUGCGGAUCAGUCACUGAAAGCAUACGAGAUGGCUUCUACCACAGCAGAGGCAGAUCUAUCCCCUACACAUCCAAUCCGGUUGGGCCUGGCACUAAAUUUCUCAGUCUUUUAUUAUGAGAUCAUGAACUCACCAGAAAGGGCCUGCCACCUUGCCAAGCAAGCUUUCGAUGAAGCUAUUUCUGAGCUCGAUACCCUCAGUGAAGAAUCUUACAAAGAUAGCACUCUGAUCAUGCAACUUUUGAGGGAUAACCUCACCCUGUGGACUUCUGACAUUCCGGAGGACGGAGAAGACUCUCAGAAGAUGGAGAGCAUUGCCAAAGUUGGUGGAGGUGAUGACGCAUAGUGAAACAGGUAGGAGCUGGAGCCUCAGCUGUGUAAAACGUGAAGUAUGUUGAAAUAUCCUCAGCCUUUCCUUUUCCAUAAAAGGUUUUUCAGAUAUCCGUUAUUUCUGGUGUGGUUUUUUAGUUGACAUCCAGACACUCCAAAUCUAGGCUUUGGAAAAGAAAAAAAAAAUUGGAUUUCAGACUGGCGUGGUUUCUUUAGGAGUUCUAUGAAUGCAGGAAAGCAGAAGACUUGUACUAUUGUUUUACCACAUUCCCUGUCUUCUUCUUCUUCUUCUUCUUUUUUUUCUUUUUUCUUUUUUCUUUUUUGUUGUUGUUGUUGUUGUUAUUGUAUCAUUUGACUUACCAAUGGUGAUUGCCAUGCCCCCACAUAUAUGCUAUUAUUUGAUCAGCUUCUCCUCUGUUUGCCACUCUUUCUGAUGUAAUAAUUUGAUGAACUUCUGGGACUGUGGGUCCCACCCAGUGUUUGAUGUUGAUUACA